AGGGUUGGGGGUGGGGCUGGCCGCAGGUACGCCUGUCACCGCCUGGGCUACUGAGCCGCCCGCCUUGCGCGCAAAGCCCAGCCCGUGCUGCUCACCACGCGUGAGGUCACUGUGCCCGAGACUGAGCUUUAAACGCUUUCGCCCCUGGAGGCUGUUUAUUGUUUUGCAUUUCACUGAGGCUGGGUCGUUCGGCUUUCUGGGUCUCAUGAGCUAUUUAGCUCAUCAUCUAGCCCGCUGCUAACUGUGGUGCUAUUCGAUACGUAUUGCUUAUUUGUUAAGCACAGACAAGCUGCCUGCUGGAGCUGUCCUGGCCACAGAAAACAAGCAACCCCUGCCCCCAGGCGUUGACAGUCUAAGGCCUGGAGGCCCAAUCCUGCCAAGCGCUGAGCAAUUCCUGAGAGGCACUGAAUGGGCUCCUCUCCCGGAGGCGAGCGAGUUCAGCCCCUCCCAGAAGAUGCUCAGCCCCGGGCGGGCCCUAAAAUCAGGCCUACCUUGGCCACAACGACAUCUAUUUAUAACACUCGCAUCAAAACACUACCCCGGGCACAGUACCACAGCACUACCGCCCUCACUUCAUAAACGCGGCAGGGCAGUAUCUAAAUCCAAGCCGGACUCGUUUGGGUUGGGAUUUGCACAAAGAGCGUGUGGACGCAUUUAAUUCGGUGCCAUUGAGAAGUGUUUUAUUGCCCGGAGAAGCUGCGUAAGAUUGCGCCCUGAGGGAUGUGGUGAAGGAAACGCUGCCCAGAAUGAGGUUAUUCUGCGGCCGGGGAGCAGAAGGGGCGGCCGGGGGCCUGGCGGAGAUGGCUGGCGCAGGGCAGGGCUCUGCAGCGUCCCGCGGCAUUUCGGACCGAUCUCAGGGCGUGUGACGGUCACAGUCCCUAGCCCGCCGCACAGUCACACGCGGGUGCUGGGCGCGGGGCCUGCAGCCCAGGAGAGCGGGCGGGUGGCGUCCGCCGGGGGUUGGCAGAAGCAGCAGCAGCACCCCCACGGGUUCCUUUAAGAGGCGGCGCGAGAGCCGGCGGCGCGGUGCAUUAUGGGAUAGUGAAGGGGAGCUGAGGCCUAGUUGGUAAACACGGAGUCGGGGCUUGUCUUGCGUCGUCUGCGCUCUCCAGGAAAAAGACAAUGGCAUCUGGGACUGUUGAAAUAAUUAACUCUACCCCUGCGGGAGGGUCGAAUGAUGUCAGCUUGGAGGAACCAAAGAAGAUGACAAGAGAAGACUGGAGGAAAAAGAAGGAACUAGAAGAACAGAGAAAGUUGGGUAAUGCUCCAGCUGAAGUGGAUGAGGAAGGAAAAGAUAUCAACCCUCAUAUUCCUCAGUACAUCUCUUCAGUGCCAUGGUACAUAGAUCCUUCAAAAAGACCUACAUUAAAGCACCAGAGACCUCAGCCAGAGAAGCAGAAAGAGUUUACCUCAUCUGUGGAAUGGUACAAACGAGGUGUUCAAGAGAAUUCUGUUACAACUAAGUACCGCAAAGGAGCCUGUGAGAACUGUGGUGCAAUGACACAUACAAAGAAAGACUGCCUGGAGAGACCUAGGAAAGUUGGAGCAAAAUUCACAGGCCUUAAUAUUGCACCAGAUGAACAUAUGCAGCCUACGCUAAUGUUUGAUUAUGAUGGGAAGAGAGAUCGUUGGAAUGGUUAUAACCCGGAAGAGCACAUGAAGAUUGUAGAAGAAUAUUCCAAAGUUGACUUGGCUAAACGUACUCUGAAAGCCCAGAAGUUGCAGGAAGAGUUGGCUUCAGGAAAACUGAUGGAGCAGGUGAACUCCCCAAGACACCACUGGGAAGAGGAGGAAUCAAAUUCACAGACCGAAAGAGAUCAUAACAGUGAAGGUGAGGAUGAAGAUAAAUAUGCAGAUGAUAUUGACAUGCCUGGACAGAACUUUGACUCCAAAAGACGUAUUACAGUCCGAAACUUGCGUAUUCGGGAAGACAUUGCUAAAUACUUGAGGAAUCUAGAUCCAAAUUCUGCCUACUAUGAUCCCAAAACGAGAGCAAUGAGGGAGAACCCAUAUGCCAAUGCAGGCAAGAAUCCAGAUGAAGUUGGUUAUGCAGGUGACAACUUUGUUCGUUACACUGGAGAUACCAUUUCAAUGGCACAAACUCAGUUGUUUGCUUGGGAGGCUUAUGACAAAGGCUCCGAAGUUCAUCUUCAAGCAGACCCUACAAAACUGGAACUCCUGUACAAAUCCUUCAAGGUGAAAAAAGAAGAUUUUAAGGAACAGCAGAAAGAAAGCAUCCUAGAGAAGUAUGGAGGACAAGAACAUCUAGAUGCUCCACCAGCUGAACUGCUGUUAGCCCAGACAGAAGACUAUGUGGAGUAUUCUAGGCAUGGAACAGUCAUCAAAGGACAAGAGAAAGCUAUUGUCCGUUCUAAGUAUGAAGAGGAUGUAACUAUCAACAACCACACAUGUAUAUGGGGUUCAUAUUGGAAGGAAGGCAGAUGGGGAUAUAAAUGCUGCCACUCAUUUGUCAAGUAUUCCUAUUGUACAGGAGAAGCUGGGAAAGAAAUCGCUAAUACUGCAUUAGACUUACCAGAGGAAAAACCUACAGAGGAAGAGUAUAUGGCAAAAUCCAAAACGUUGAUGGAGAUACAUCAAGAAAAACAGAAAGAUGAGAAAAAGAAGAAAAAGAAGAAGCAAAAGAAGAGUCCAAAUUCAGAUAGUGAGGGUGAAGAGAAAAAGAAACAUGAAAAACUGAAAAAGGCAUUAAAUGCAGAAGAGGCUCGUCUCCUCCAGGUUAAAGAAAUCAUGCAGUUAGAUGAGAGGAAGAGGCCAUAUAACAGCAUGUAUGAAACAAGGGAGCCUACAGAAGAGGAAAUGGAGGCUUAUAGAAUGAAACGCCAAAGACCUGAUGAUCCCAUGGCCUCCUUUCUUGGACAGUAAUUAUGUGAAAGACAUUCCAGCAUACAGUUCUUGGCUAUUGUAUAUGAUACUUGGUAAACCAGUAACUGGAGCUUUUCUUUCCACGUUUCUGUAAAAAACUGCACAAGUCUGCUUUGCAGAAAUGGCCUGGCUUUUGCCAGGGAAAAGAAGUCUAUGAAUGAAGUUAACGGCUGGUGCUAUAAGCAUAGUAGCGCUUUCCUUUUUUUGAAAAGUAUACUUGGUACAGACUUGUAUUACUGAAAGGGUAAGUUGAUACCUUCUAAAAUUCAUCGUAACAAGUAACGGGAGAGAGGAACCUAUAAAUUCAGGAAAACAAACUGCAUCUAAACCAGUUGGCCAGCAGGUGUCACUGUUAUGUAAAAACUGAUGAAUGUAACACAGACUAUGUCUACACUAGGGACCUUACAGCAGCAGAGCUGGACCGCUGCAGCUGCGCCACUGUAAGAUCUCCUGUGUAGCCGCUCUGUGCCAGCAGGAGAAAGCUCUACAGAUGGCAUAACUAAACCACCCCCAACAAGCAGCGGUAGCUAUGUUGGGGGGAGGCGCUUUUGUCAGUGAAACUUCUGUUGGUUGGUGGGGGGGGGUAUUUUUUUCACACUCCUGACCGACAAAAGUGUUUAUGUAGACAAAGCCUUAAAAGUGGUAGGGUUGGAUGACUGUAAGAUCUUAAGACUUCUCUUAUGUGUGGCUCAGUAGGAGGGAAAUAGUCAUUCUUUAUCAUUUUGGUAAUUUUAGGAAUGCAAAAAUGUGUAAAAACUGAUGUGAUUUGAUGUACAGACUUGGUUGAAUGUAAUAUAAAUGUUAAUGCUGUCUGGUAACUGGGAAUAUUUUACUCUUGUCCUGAAGAGGUUGCAAGAAGUUGAUAUACUACACAGAGCUUUGAAAUUCUUCCUGUGUUUUAGCUAACAGUGUAGCCUUAUGCAUACACCCCGAUAUGCAAUGCUGACAUCCAGUGAGAUAAAUUGCAUUUAUCAUGAAACUUUGACGGGUUUACCUGCUCUGUCCAUACUCAUACAUGUCCAACAAAAUUCAAUCUCACAAUCUAAACAUUUGAGCAGUUCAAACAGCCAACGUUACUAUUAUGUAUUUUAAAAAUAAAAAAUGACCACAUUUCUUUAACCCUUUGCUCCUAUCAAAACUCCAUCUUGCAAUAUUAAGUUUAAGGUCCAAUAUCUUAUGGUAUCUCAGUUAAAAACAUGCUGUCCACACCAUUGGAAAGUUGUGAUUCCCAGAUUUCCAAAGAGGCAGAGAUGCAGCUUCUGGUUCUGUCCCUGGAUGGCUGAGAUAUUGGAUAUGACACUUUCAGUAUAAACUUUUAAACAUUUAUAAGAAAUAUUAUAAAAUCUCUCUCUCUCUCCCCCCCUCAAAAGUCUGUAUGGGUGAAUUAAUAUUAACAGAACCUAGCUUUACAGCUAGAAGGAUUAAGAAAGCAGUCCUAAUAGUGUUUUUAAAACAUGUAAUUUUCUCUUAAAUAUGGGAUAUAUCAAUUUCUAGUGGUAUGAUAUAGGAAGCUUUAUUAGCUUGUUUGAGUUAUGCAGGUCAUCCCUGAAUAGCAAAGUCAGACAUCUGGGCGUCCUCCUCCCAUGCUAAUAUUUUUUCUACCAUAACCAUAUUUUUCUUAUUUUUUUAACUCUUUUAUAAAUAGAAGCCCAAUUUCAAUGUGGAAAAAAUACUGACAUACCAUACCAUUUCAAAUAACUAGGAAAGUUAUCAUUAUCAGUUAAAAUCCAGCGUGUUACAGUAUACAGUUAGGUUGAUUUCUUGUCACUCCAUUUUGUAUUGCAUUUGUCUUGUCCCUGUUUUUAAUGCUCCUGUCUGCUCUGGAGCAUCUUUUACUUUCAGACCAUUCUGAUUAAUACAAAAACUUCAAUAAAAAAUAAAAGCUACAUGUAUCUAACACAUAAUGCACGCAAGAGAAAAGAAAAGCUCUAA